AAAAACCAAAGGAAGAGCAAGCCAAGCCAAUUCUGGAAGAAUUAGCAAGAGCUAAAGAAGAAAAGCCAGAAGUGAUCGAAGUAACAGAAACACCAACUACCAAAAUAAUAAAAAGGAAAAAGAAGCCGACCAAGAAAGGUGAGGCAACGGCGAUAAUCGAAGAGAUAAUACAGAAAACUGGAGACGAAGCCAAGAUCAUGGAGGAACAGCAGAUCGUGGAAAUUACUGAAACGCCAUUGAAGAAGGUAAUUAAGAAGAAAAAGACACGAAUCACUGAGGCUGGUGUACCAGAGGAAGUGGUGGAAGAGAUCGUUAUUGAAAAACCAAAGGAAGAGCAAGCCAAGCCAAUUCUGGAAGAGUUAGAAAGAGCUAAAGAAGAAAAGCCAGAAGUAAUCGAAGUAACAGAAACACCAACUACGAAAUUAAUAAAAAGGAAAAAGAAGCCGACCAAGAAAGGUGAGGCAACGGUGAUAAUAGAAGAGAUUAUACAGAAAACUGGAGAUGAAGCCAAGAUCAUGGAAGAACAGCAGAUCGUGGAAAUUACUGAGACGCCAUUGAAGAAGGUAAUCAAAAAGAAAAAGACACGAAUCACUGAGGCUGGUGUACCACAGGAAGUGGUGGAAGAGAUCGUCAUUGAAAAAUCAAAGGAAGAGCAAGCCAAGCCAAUUAUGGAAGAAUUAGCAAGAGCUGAAGAAGAAAAGCCAGAAGUCAUCGAAGUAACAGAAACACCGACUACGAAAAUAAUAAAAAGGAAAAAGAAGCCAACCAAAAAAGGGGAGGCAACUGUGAUAACACAAGAGAUUAUACAAAAAACUAGAGAUGAAGCCAAGAUCAUGGAGGAACAGCAGAUCGUGGAAAUUACUGAAACGCCAUUGAAGAAGGUAAUUAAGAAGAAAAAGACACGAAUCACUGAGACUGGUGUACCAGAGGAAGUGGUGGAAGAGAUCGUUAUUGAAAAACCAAAGGAAGAGCAAGCCAAGCCAAUUAUGGAAGAAUUAGCAAGAGCUAAAGAAGAAAAGCCAGAAGUCAUCGAAGUAACAGAAACACCAACAACGAAAAUAAUAAAAAGGAGAAAGAAGCCAACCAAGAAAGGUGAGGCAACUGUGAUAACAGAAGAGAUUAUACAGAAAACUGGAGAUGAAGCCAAAAUCAUGGAAGAACAGCAGAUCGUGGAAAUUAUUGAAACGCCAUUGAAGAAGGUAAUCAAAAAGAAAAAGACACGAAUCACUGAGGCUGGUGCACCAGAGGAAGUGGUGGAAGAGAUCGUUAUUGAAAAACCAAAGGAAGAGCAAGCCAAGCCAAUUCUGGAAGAAUUAGCAACAGCUAAAGAAGAAAAGCCAGAAGUGAUCGAAGUAACAGAAACACCAACUACGAAAAUAAUAAAAAGGAAAAAGAAGCCGACCAAGAAAGGUGAGGCAACGGUGAUAACCGAAGAGAUAAUACAGAAAACUGGAGAUGAAGCCAAAGUCAUGGAGGAACAGCAGAUCGUGGAAAUUACUGAAACGCCAUUGAAGAAGGUAAUUAAGAAGAAAAAGACACGAAUCACUGAGGCUGGUGUACCAGAGGAAGUAUUGGAAGAGAUCGUUAUUGAAAAACCAAAGGAAGAGCAUGCCAAGCCCAUUCUGGAAGAGUUAAAAAGAGCUAAAGAGGAAAAGCCAGAAGUGAUCGAAGUAACAGAAACACCAACU